GUGCUCCGAAUGCUGAACAACCGGUUUAGCAUUAGCUGUUUUGACUCUUUACGAUCACCUAUUGGAAAAAGAAAACCGUCGAAGAACCAGUCUUUUUAUGUCUUAGCAUUUCUGAACAAGUGAUUGGUCGCUGAAGUCACACCUUCCACAUUGUUUAUCCGAGGUCAAGGUCUUUUAUAAAGAAAUGUCGAUCAUUGGGAAAUUUAACUUUCAAGAACUGAAUAAUUUGAACUUAUGUGUGAAGAGAUUGGCUAAACAUUGCUGUAAACGACAAUUUAACAAACAGAUUUCUAGUUCCACACGACAUGGUAAGUUUGGUUUCCUUUUUGACAUUGAUGGUGUCAUUGUAAGAGGAAAACGUCUUCUUCCAUCAGCUAGAGCUGCAUUUGAACUGCUGAUAGAUCGACAUGGACAUUUUCAAGUUCCCACACUUUUUGUUACAAAUGCUGGCAAUAGUUUACGACAACAAAAAGCUGAACAGUUAUCAGAAUGGUUAAAGAUAAAGGUUGAUGCAGACCAGGUUGUGAUGUCACACAGUCCUCUGAAAAUGUUUCGACAGUUCCAUGACAAAAAAGUAUUAGUCACAGGACAAGGGCCAGUUGUAGAUAUUGCUAAAGGCCUAGGAUUUAACAAUGUGAUUACAGUAGAUGAGAUACGACAUAUUUUUACCAAUCUUGAUAUGGUGGAUCAUAAACGUCGAAAAUCUGCUCCAUGUGGAUUUCAAGAUUACUUUCCAAGAAUUGAGGCUGUGAUAUUAUUUGGAGAACCAGUCAGAUGGGAGACACAUUUACAACUGGUCGUUGACAUUUUAUUGGCCAAUGGAAAACCCCAUGAAGCCCCCAGUGAAAUCCCUUAUCCACAUCUUCCAGUUCUAGCCUGUAAUAUGGAUCUAUUAUGGAUGGCAGAAGCAUCCAUGCCUAGAUUUGGACAUGGAUGUUUUCUUGUAUGUUUAGAACAACUCUACCAAAAACUUUCAGGCAGAGAACUAAAAUACACAGCAUUGAUAGGUAAACCAAGUGAAAUUACAUACCACCAUGCAGACCAUCUACUUUAUCAGCAAGCCAAACAACUAGGAUGGGAAAAUGUAGAUAAUAUAUAUUGUAUAGGAGAUAAUCCAGAAACAGAUAUAUAUGGUGCCAAUUUAUAUAACAGAUAUUUACAAAAUCGUGCCUACCAAAUGAGAAACAUAAAGAAAAAGAGAGUUUUAGCAGGAAAUUCCUCAACUCUUGAUGUGGACUCAGAUGAUGAUGAACUUAUUAGUUCGGUUGUUAAUACUAUAGAGGACGAGGAGUUAGAGAGUAAUUACGCUAUGAACUGUCACUCAAUAUUAGUAUGCACAGGAGUAUAUUGUUCGUCUCGGGACUAUGUGACUUAUGACAACAAGAAACCGUCCAACCAUAAUCAUAGAGACUUUGUUUUAGACCCUCAUCUAAAACAACCUAAUUAUGUUGUGCAAAAUGUACACGAAGCAGUUCAAUUAGUCUUUCAAAAAGAACAAUGAUAUUAAAGAUUUUAGUGGAUUUGUUUUUAAGGAUAAGAAUCUUGUUAAUGUAUACACUUCCUUUUAUUGUUUUUAUUGUCAUUAUUAUUUAUUAUUUUUUAAAUGGUCAUCUUUAGAUUGUUGUUAUUAUUAUUUCUUUGAGAAAUUUGUUAUCAUUAUUCCAAAGAUGUGAGUAAUUGCAUAGAUUACCCUCAUGACUCUAUCAUACAUUUCAUUGAAAAACAAAACAUGAUUGCAAUAAUAGUGUUAGUUCAAUUGUGCUAUUCUGACUGAAAAGAUUUUACAACUAUUUAUGCAUAAUUCUGAUAUUUUUAAGAUUGUUUCAAAGAACCCUUUUAAAAAUGAUAUUGUUCCUAGAAUUCAGAGAGAUAAUUAUUCCAGAAUGAUGCAAUUAUACUGGAAGUUUCAGCACUGUAACAUUGUAUAAAAUAAUUACAAUAUAUAGGAAAGUCCAUCAUUGUAUUCUGUCAAAAUUACUGAAUUUGUAGAUAUUAUUUUUGGCUUCUUUUGGAGUUUAUAUAUUGUAUUGCAUAUUCACUAUUGGUUUUACAAGAUUUGAAUAUUGAAUUCUGCAGCUGACAAAUUUACAAAUUGCAAUAUAAGCAUCUAAACUGACUAUACAGUAAAUGUUUUGCUCAUUCUUGAAGACUGUACAGUGACCAACAGUUGCUUAAAUCAGCUUCAUUUGGACUUAUGGUGAUUUGCCUCGUUGCUAAUCAUACUACAUCCCUAUGUUUUAUAAUGAAUUGCCAAUUAUAAAUUUGGAAAUAUUUUGAAAAAAAAUUCAGUGCAUUCACAAUUAAAAAUUACUGGUAUUAGGAAAACAAUCUAUUGUUAACAUAUAUAUAAAAUUCCAGUAUUUUGGUUUUAAAAGUAUUAAACUACUACAAUUAGAGUUGAACAAUUUAUUAUAGCUUCUGAAAAAGAUUACCUAGUCAAAAGAACAAGGACAGAAAAUUCCUGAAACUUAAGACUGAUAUUAUUUCUUUUUCCAGUUUGCUUAUUUAAAAGUAUUGCAGCCGUAGGGCUUGUGUGUCAUGAUUAAACAAAUAAAAUAGAUUAAGAACUACUGUA